AUGGGGAAGGGUGGACUUGCGCGCCUGCUAGCCACGGAGGUGCUGAGGGGGGAUGUCAACGUCUGUUGUGGUCUGCUGCGGCGGAUAUUCAGCGAGACGGUAGAGGAGAACACCAUGCAGCAACUGCAGCGUGGCCAGCAGCAGGGUCUUAUCAGCGAUGUGAUUGCGUUGGGUAAGGUCAGUCUUGCAGAUAACGCAUCGCUUCUGCGUCCCGCCACGGUGGCUGUUCUGUGUCACGCCUCUCAGCGUGUUGGUGACUGGCGAAGUGCACUUCACUUCGCGGAGGCGCUGCCGAGCCCUCCGUCCCCAUCGUUCCUUUCCUCCCUGCUGUCGCCGGUGAACUGCGACGCGAUGCUCCACUUCUGCGAGCGGAAAGGAUGGCCCUUGGAUGUGCCACACGCCACACGGGUGCUGGCUGAGGAACACGGUAGUUGGCUCUCUGCCCUGGCAGUGGCGGAGGCAAUGGAACGUCAGUUCCACAUGGGUGAGUGGUAUUCCUUGGGCGUGUUGAUUCCGCACCUUUCCGCAAGUGGCGCGUGGGAACGGGCAGUAGAGUUGUUUGCCGCUGGAAUUGCACAAGGAUCUCUAGUGGAUCCAAAGUUUGUGGGAGAUCUUGUGCGUCGAACAGCGGAAUUAAAGCAGUGGCAGAUGUCUCUCUACAUGAUGUCGGUGAUUGAAAAGACAAAGGAAGCGGCGCAGAUAUGUCCUUCAGAUGUGGGUUUCUUCAGAGAUGUCAUGAAUGUGUCGCCGGACUGGCAAUCAUCACUUGCAGUGUUUAAUAUUGCGGUCGCCAUGGGUAUUAAACCAGACAACUCUAUGGUGAGUCUUUUACUGGGGCAAUGUGAAGAGGCAAAGGCGUGGCUAGUGGCGACUAAAGUUUAUGACACUGCCCUCAUGGAAGGAUUUGUCUCAAGUUUCGCUGGUGACUCGUAUCAAACCCUUAUUCGGUCUUUUCAUGCUGCUAAGCAAUGGGAGAAGGCGUUAGCGGCUCUUUCUUGGAUGGCAAAAGCUGGUGAGGCGUCGGCAGCGACUGGAAUGAAUGAACUACUGGAGUUGUGUGAGCAGUCAGGCCAGUGGGAAGCGGCGGUAAGGAUCGGUGAGAUGCUCCGCGAGACGCAUCCAUGUCUUCCUGUGCGCACGCGUCUCUCCCUCUUGUUUGCGUGUGCGAAAGGGGCAAUGUGGCAAGUUGCAAUGGAGGUGCUUCAAGACUCCUUUGCCGAUGCGAGCCAGCCGCCACAUCCUCUUUCUAUUUGUGCGGCUAUGCAGGCCUGUGUGGCUGCCAACCGUUGGAAGGAUACCAUGGCACUCCUUCAGCGAGCACGAGAAGAGGAACCCAGAGUGGUGUUGCCGCCGUUGGCACAUCGGUUAGCUGUUAAGGCGUGUGUGGGUUCGGGACGCUGGUUAGAGGCUAUAGCACUCCUUGAAGACAUGCGUGCAUAUGGCCUGCCUCGGGAUAACCACACUCAGCGUCUUGGAGUGUGGGCCGCGGCUCUCUCCGGUAACUGGCAACUCUCGCUGGAGCACUUGCAGCACCUCCCACUGGCCCACCGCACUCCACAGGAUCGCCUCGUCGUUCGUGGUGCAACACGAAACGCCAGUUUGACGGCGAAAGCUAUUGCUCUGAAGUACCUCCAGCAGCAGUAG